GAAGCAAGAGGGAGGGAGUGAGAGAAAUGCGAGGGGUACUAGAAUUUUAAUUGUGUCUGUGAUCUGUAAUAGCAAGUGACACCGAGUAAAGAGUACCCAGUAUCGCGAGCCACCGCGUACUGUUGCUGCGACUGUGGUGUACACGUAUGGAGCAAAGAGGCAAAAGGCGCACAUUUUCGUAGAGGCUCGUCGCGCAAUCAUGGACGAUCGCCGUAACAGCCGCGAAGUGAUCACCGUGUUAUUUCUGUGCCUGCUGUGGUACGUGAUAUCAUGCAGCAGCAACGUGGUCGGCAAGAUGCUGCUCUCGCAGUUUCCUUACCCUAUGACAGUGACCAUAGUUCAAUUAACCUCGAUCACAGUCUAUUCCGGCCCGUUCUUCAAUUUGUGGGGUGUACGAAAGUACUCAUCCGAUAUUUCAUGGGGUUAUUAUUUGCGACUGAUUGUGCCACUCGCUUUGGGCAAAUUUCUGGCGAACGUCUUCAGCCACGUCAGCAUCUGGAAGGUCCCCGUUUCGUAUGCUCAUACUGUGAAGGCUACAAUGCCCUUCUUCACGGUGUUCCUGUCAAGAAUCAUAAUGAAAGAGAAGCAGACCUGGAAUGUGUAUUUUAGUCUAGUUCCAAUUGUUGUUGGUGUAGCCAUUGCUACGCUGACAGAGCUUAGUUUCAAUAUGAUCGGUCUAUUGAGUGCUUUAGCAUCCACCAUGGCAUUUUCCUUGCAAAAUAUUUAUUCUAAAAAGGUGCUGCACGAUACAGGGAUACAUCACUUGAGGCUUCUACAUGUUUUGAGUCAGCUGGCACUGAUUCUUUUCUUUCCCAUAUGGUUAAUAUACGAUUUGAGCCGAUUAAUAUACAAUCCAGUUACCGGCGAUUCGGUAGAAUUAAAUUACGAUAUAAUGGGUCUGUUAUUUUUGGAUGGUAUCUUGAAUUGGUUUCAAAAUAUAGUCGCAUUCUCCGUAUUAUCCAUCGUCACUCCUUUAACUUACGCGGUGGCCAGCGCGAGCAAACGUAUAUUCGUGAUCGCAGUAAGUUUGUUUGUGCUUGGUAAUCCGGUGACAUGGUUAAAUAUAUUAGGAAUGACGCUGGCCAUUUGCGGGGUGCUGUGCUAUAACAAGGCCAAAUACGAUCAGCGGCAAAGAAUAGAGAAUCCAACGGCUCUUCCGAAAUAUUACGAUAAAAAUCGUAAUGGUACCACGGGAUCCUUCAUGGUAAAUGGAUGGGUCGACAAGAAACAGCAAUUGUUAAAUGUCUAGUCCGAAUUGUUAAUUUCUUUUCGUGCUGACAAAUUUUUAUGAGUUUUGUCUGUCGAAACAAUUUGUGUUAACGUUCUUGCUUUUUUUAAAGUUAGACCUGCUGGCAAGGUGAGACACGUUGUUCAAUUCGAAAUGGUUUAGCGUUUACGGCUGAUUGCUGGGUCAAUUAGCAUGAAAUCCGAUCAGUUGCUGAUCCGAUGAACAUUCCUGUUACUCCGAUAACAAAGGCGAAGAAUAGAUAAAUCAGAUUUCAUGUCAUUCAAACACGUAUAUUCGAUAUCGAGCAGCAUUCGUAUAGUAUUGAUUAGGUCUUGCGUUAUAACUUUCGCAAUCCUUAGCUCACUGAUAUGAGAGUGUGACGCGAUUUGCUAAAUGAAGGAAUUGUAAACGAGAUGGUAGGAAGUAAAAAAUGGAAAGGACAGGGGAGCGUUUCGUCUGCCUUAGACGCCGGGAUAUUGUCGAGGAGCGUAUUAUAUAGGAGCAGAAGGGUCAGUCGAGCGCUUGCGAGAGAGCUCACAAGAGCAAAUCAUUUUCGCAAGCAUAUAGAAAUGUGUUAAUAGAGGGUUGAUAAAGGCACGCGUCGUUGAUAUCCUAUAAGCGUGCACUCGUGUGUGGUGUGCGUGGAUUUGUAUGCAGGAGAAAAUGUUCUAGCUAAAAAGCAAUCUAUCUUAUUUUUAUAAAUAAAAUACAGGUGUGUACAAAAAUAUACCAGAUACGUUCAUCGGACGUUUCGAUA